AUGGUAACAGAUCAUAUGAAGCAAGAAAGCGGUUUUGAUCUCAAAUUCAUCACCAUUCGGAGUAAGCAAUAUUAUCGGUGUGCUUAGGGGCGCCAGAGGGAAAUAAGGUGGCAGAAGACUGGUUUUAAUUCGGGGGGGGGGGACGGAAGGGGCUAAACAAACCCAGGCCCAGAUCCAGAUGUUACGUAUACCCCAUCGCGACGAGUGUCGAUAUAUGGAGGUUGCUUAUCUGGAAACAUUCAGCUAUGAUAGAAGCAUGACGGGAAAUAGCACAAUGAAAUGGCCAUGCCGCUGACCAUUCAUUGCAUGACAUUGUCCGUUUGUUUUGCUUUAUUUCGACUUAUUUGUGGUGACCGUGUUGUUGAAAUUUCCAAAAAGGAAUGAUUAAAAAUUAUAAUUACUUCUCCGGAAAGGUAAUUAUUACAAAUUAAAAGUUGUUAAAAAGUAAUUGAUUACCAAUUACUACACAGAUUACUUUUUACUUACGUGAUAAUAAGAUUGGGCUGCUACAAUAUCAAAAUGUACCAAACCAAGAUACAAAACAAGUAGGGGAACUUCUGUUCAAUCGCAUGAGCAGUUAACCCUCGACGGACAUUCAACUUCAAUGCAUUUCGUUAUGAAAUUUCUAGAUAUGGUAAAUUUUCUAGAUAUAUGGUAAGUGGUACAAAUUACUUUCUUGAGAAUGUCAGUCUUUACCUUCAUAAAAAAAUUAAUCUUCGUUACAAAAUUACUUUCGUACAACAAGUUAUUAGCUACCGAAAAAUUACUCGAGAAGUAAUUAGUAAUUCGUAACUCGUUACUUUAGUGACGAGUAUUUACAACACGGUUGGUGAAAUGAGGCUCAAAUUGUAGGUUUAAAUAGGGGUUUUUCUGCUUGAGGCACCUAGUAAUUACAUAAUUACUAAUUAUUAUAAUAAUUACUAAUUAUUAUAAUAAUUACUAAUUAUUAUAAUAAUUACUAAUUAUUAUAAUAAUUACUAAUUAUUAUAAUAAUUACUAAUUAUUAUAAUAAUUACUAAUUAUUAUAAUUAUUAUAUUAAUAUAAUUAUUAUUAUUAUAAUUAUUAUAAUUAUUAUAAUAAUUACUAAUUAUUAUAAUAAAUACUAAUUAUUAUAAUUAUUAUAAUAAUUACAUAAUUACAUAAUUACAUUAGUUAAUUAAUUUAAUUAACUAGCACCUAGUAAUAGUAAUUGAGGCCCACAGUAAUUGGUGUAAACUGUUGUGGUGUCCCCGCCUCUUUUUAUGUCUCGUGUAUAUGAAUUGUUGUGCUUGUAUUGUGUACGUUUUUUGUCAAGGCGAAGCUAAAUAAACAAAUAAAUAAAAAAAAAAUGUUUCUCUUGGGCCUAUGACCUUUUCUUGAUCUCGAAAUUCUACCAAUAAAUUAAAAACUUUGCCCACUACUUGUUGAGCAGUUUUUCUCAUCAGUAUUAAGUACACGUUACCAUGUAUAUUCUGCGCAUGUUCACUGGGCUGGUUGUUACGAAGGCCAAAUUGGUUAUUCCUAUCUAUAGUGAUUUCUUCAACCGUUGUAAAAAAUGCUUGAAAAGCAAAAACACUAUCGAUAUCUAUCGAACUCACAAUUAAUCAAACGAAACUUUAGUUUAUAAAAUAAUACGAAACCUUUAUCUAUGUGGACGUUAUACCAAUUAACGGACAAUUUUAGAAAACUUGAAAAAAUCACUAUCGGGUUGAUAGCGCUCUGUCCACCCUUCGUACAAUGUAUUGCUAUGGAAAAAUACAUCUAAAUAUCUAAUACCUUUCGCAAGGUAACAUGCCAAAAAUUGGAUUCCCUUUUUUUUAUUAUAUCCUGUGUAUAGAUUAUUGCUAUCUUUAUUUUUUCCAGCGACUAGUUGGCUCUCAGCAGUGAGUGUGUGUCCGACCAGAUUAAUCACCCCCAGUGCUAUUGGUCGUGUCCAUUCGCCUGGAUUCUCUGGUAACUAUGGCGCCAAUCAGAACUGUCUCCUUAUCAUGAAUGUGCCUUCAAAUAAGGCAGUCUCAAUUUCCUUCGACUUUUACGAUAUUGAGUGUAAGUGCACAACAGUAACAAUAUAUAACAAUUAGCCUUUCUCACGAACGCCAAAUUCGCCAUUUUUAGGGUUCUUUUUUGAAAGCGACGUGAAAAAUCUAAACGAUGUGAAAACAUUUUUUCAAAUAUUUAACUGUAAAUUAACUUAUAUAAUUAUUAUACCCAUAAUUAUAGUUAUACUAGAUACAUGCAUGCAGAAACCCUCGCCUUACUGACAAAACCAUUAUGUUUUCUGAACAUGAAGAAUUGAAAGUAGUUGUCAUGGUAACACGAUAAUUUUAAGAAUAGUUUUAAAAUUGAAAAAUCCCCCAAAAAUAUCACUUUUACUGACAAAAUGAUCAAUUUCCCAAACAUAUAUGCUAGUUAUGUUAUUAUACGUAAUAUACGCCUCAAUUUAAUGUAAAAUUCCACCACAAACGCUUCGCAAAACGUUUUAAAAUGUUCUUAAAAUUAAACGGCCUUUUAUCGAAUUAUCGGUAAACAUUGAGUUUGAAAUAAACUGAUUUCAAAUUCUCGCAUGAAAAUAACUUUGCUUUCCUCUUUAUUUAAUUAUUUUAGUAUGUAAAAGAAUAAAACUACACUGGAUUUAUAUGCUGUCUUUUUUCACAUGUAUACGCAACGAUCGUAUCAGUUAUAAAUAUAUCAAUUAUAAAACAAACAAUACAUCAAUAUUUAAAAAAAAUUACCUGCAUUUAACCUCGACGACUUUGCUCCGUUCUUUUAGACGUUUUUUUGCUCUCAGAAAGGUUUUAAAAUUUACAAAAUCUUGCAAAAAUACAACUUGCAAGAAAUGUUUGUUAUUUCACUGUCGUCAAUAUAGCAUUAUAAUGCAAGUUUCAAAUUUGACCAGUCACUGUUCGCUAUUCACGACAGUCCGCUACAUAUUUUGAAAUCAGUGAGGAUGACCAGUUGACCACCCAUGAACGGUGAGCCACGCGCCCACGAUAUUUGAUGAAAUUUCGACUUCGCUAGUGCGUUCCUUUCCCCGGGUGUAAAUAGCCUGGCGGAAUUAGUACCCUCGCGCCGGGCUUACGCCCGGAACGAAGCUCCGCGCCGUUGGCUCGAGGACAAAUUCCUUAUUCACUGCGUACAGUCUCAUAUUUGGAAAAAGCAGUACCGCAAAAAUGGCGGCGUGAGAAAGGCUAAUUACAAUGAACUCUAAAAACACUCUGGUUAAAAUUUUUGCUGUCAACCCAGAAAUAACCCUAUUUAGAUUAAUUUAAUAUUCCUGGCUAAAUUUGCUGGUUAUCUUACAGUCAAAAUACAAGAACCUUCCCACUCCCCCUUUCGUAAUCUGUUGUCAUUUUCUUCAAAUUGUUCUGUUUUUCUGUAGCGGUUAAUACUAAAUUAUGAGCAAAUAUGGCUACAAUUUAUAUGAUAAUUUGUGGCAAAAGGUCCAUUUUUCGUUAGGGUCACUGCAUUUUAACACAUAAAAAGAAUUUUGAAUUUUAUUACGGUAUUUGUCUAUGAAUCGGUAACUUUAAUUAAAGCUUCCGAGGCGAAACCAGGAUUAUUCAUAUUAAGUUUUUGGACGCUGUCUGGUUUAAAAUAUUUAUCAAUUCUACAAGCUUUCGACUGCCAGACUGCGGUCUUCAACGGGUGUUUAACAAUGAGAUAGAAUUACAAAUAGUUUAGAAUCUAUGAUGUUUCCGCCUACAUAUAUGAUUAAUGACUAAGGUAUUAAUAGACUUAUAAUAUUACUUAAGGUGGCUCCCUAGGGUUUUAUUUGCUGGGGUUACGUUCUUUGUAUACAUGCAAAUUAAAACUCGUUUGACUUCAAAAUACGAACGAACGUUGUGUUUUAUAUGGAACUCGUUUUUGAAACAAAAGUGUGAGCUUUGCUUUAGUUGAAAGCAUAAAAAUAGUUCUAAAAGGCAUAACGUUUCAAAAGAAGUAAUAUAAAUUUGUUUUUUUUUCAAGCGGUAUUCUGGAAGUUUUUGACCACCGUACCCGAGGUUCGCAUCGCGAACAUUGGGAUAUGAUAUAAAGUUUCCUCAAGUAUUUGCAAUGUUUUCUCCACAAUCUAGCAGCACUUAUGACAAUAAAGCCGGAUGACUUAAAUAAUGAGCCCUCUAAGCGUGAAAUGAGCAGUGCCGAAACUUCACAAACAUGCUACCAUAAAAACUGAAAUUUGAACGAGCAUUUUGCGAAAACAUCCAGCGAUAGUACUAUAAACUCGCACGGGACGAAUUUUGACAAACAUUUUCAAAUUAAUACGAAGAAAUCAUAACCAGUAAUUACAUAAAUAUCUUUGCCUAUUUUACAUGUAAUAAUCCACCCUUAGUUGACCAUUAACCCACAAAGUUAAAAACAGUAUAUCAAACAUAAUUUAUAUUUUGUAAAAUCAUGCCUUGUUGUUUACAAAAUGCAUGUACACGUCAGAUGUGAUAAUUGUUCACCUCACAUCAUUGUAAAAAAUGCCAGAAUUAAACCAAAAUUUCUCCCUUUUCCUUAACUUCGGUGAAAUAAGUGCAAUAUCCUUUUUUCUUAAAAUUAUAUCGAAUGGAAAAUUUUUUUAAUAUUGAUUUUUGACGUUUUUUCAAUUUUCUGAGAAACGUAUCGAUAUAAUUUUUUAAAAUUGAAGAAAAAAAAUCAUACCAGUAUCAUCUUUUAUGCAAAGUUUUAAAAAAAUUUACCGAAAGGAAUUUUUAAAAUGGCCUGAAAAAGACAAAUUUUGAGCUUUAUUCUAGGCAUACUGGUGCUAUGGCAACAGACAUUCAACACAAAAGUAGGAAAUUGCAAUGUUCAGGAGUGCAUUGUCAAUGUGUCCAAUAAAUUUCGUCCUCAUGUCAUGUAAAGUGAAGAAACAGGAGUCUCCUGAAUACUCAGUGUAGUAUAAUUCAAAAACCCUAGGGAGCCACCUUAAAGUCUCUUCAAUAUAAACCGGCAUUGUUUUGGAAAAUGUUAAAGUUAUUGACAGCAUUUUUUUAAUUGCCGUGUCCUCGGAUUCCAAUGUGGAUCUCCGCCGAUGCUCGCCUUUGUCAAUUACAUUGCCAUUUUCAAAGUCUAGUCGAUGAAGUCUAUUUUGCUUACAGCUGCUACCCGAUGCCAGAAGGACAAGUUGGAGGUUGAGGACAACAGUUUCUAUACCUCCGUAUGUGGUGAAUCAUCUGCUGGCAGGCUGGCAACAUACAAUGAUGGUAAUGUUUCAUUUCACUUUAUAACUGACAGGAGUGGGUCCGGAAGCGGAUUUACAUUGACCUACAAACUCAUUGACAAACCAG